AUGCUGGAGCAGCGGCAGCAGCUGCAGCAGCAGGAAGAGCAUCAGCAGCGGCUGCAGCACAUUCGGCGGCACCACGAAGAGCUCGCCAGGGACCGCGCCCUGCGCAAACAGCAGCAGCAGCAGCAGCAGCAGGAGCCGCAGGAGGAGGCUGCUGCGAAGGGGCCCCCAGGUCGGGGGCCCGGCGCGCGGGGCAAGACAGACCCCCAGCGGGGAGGGCCCAAGAAGGAGGCGCAGCAGCAGCAGCAGCAGCAGCUGCAGCAGCUGCUGCAGCGCAUUCCCGUGAAUCCCCUGUGGUGGGCCCGGGGAGACUCGCUGCAGAGAGAAGUGCUGCUUUGCCAAACCCUAGGCCCUUACUUCUAUCGGCAGCUAAUGCGGAUUCGAGCACAAGAGGAAAAUGCAGACUCUGUGGGAUUUAAACGCCGGACUGUUGUGGAUUCCCGAGGAGAGCCUUUUGAAGACCUGACUAACUGGCUAGCCACCCUGGAACUCCGUCUUCAACUAAAACCCGUUUUUGUUCGAAAGUACACCAACUCCCUGCGCUGCAUGCUGCAGCUGUUGGAGCCCCGCGACUACCCUGAGGCUUUUGAGCGUUUUGAAGUGGAACAAGUUGUGCCGGAGGAAACAGUGAAAGAGCGAAUUGCUGCAGCAGAUGUUCCAGAAGAAGUCAAAGCUUCGCUGCGGAGCUUUCUGGUGCUGCGCCGGAAGAUCUUGCGCGGCCUGGCGAAGCAAAGAGCUGCUGAGGAGGACUUGAAUGGUCAGGAAGGAUCUGCAGCAGCAGCAGCAGCAGCAGCACAAGGAGGUGAGCCGCUCGCAGCAGCAAAGUCGCCGCUGCUGCAGCUCAUCCGGCUGCACAGCUUCCUCAGGCUGCAGCUGCGCCCGCAGCAGCGAGCGCCUUCGCUGGAAGAGUGGCAGCGGCAGCAGCAGCAGCGGGAACUUCAAAGACGAAUGCAGAAGAAGUCCCAUGUAGCUGUGGCUUCGCCAGCUGACGAAGAUCUCAUGGGGACUACGGAAGAUCUGCCGCAAACACAGCUGGAAAUGGGAGAUCGAAGCGAAUACGACAGAGUCGACAAACUCAUAGAUGAAGUGGAGCGGCAACUAAUAGAAAGCUCGCCAGACGAAGAGGCUGAAGAGGAGGGAGCCUCUCCUUUGUUCAACAAAGCCUACCGCUCGGCUGCCGUUCGAAAGCCCCGCAGCUUCUACAACUACUUCGGCGAAGAAACAGUGCCUUUGCUUGAGACAGACCCAGACGACAUCCUCUUGAGGCUUGCGGGAUCCUCCAGUGCCUCCACAGAACAUGAAGCCUUCCUGCCUCUUCUGUUUCAAGACCCAGGAACAGCCCCCCACGCAGCUUCGCCAAUCCCGCCAAACCCUCCGUAA